AUGGAAUCUAUGAAAGAGAUGCAAAAGCGAAUGAACGACUCCAAAGAUGAGGCUGGCUUGGUGAAGGGUGUCGAAACCAUCCGAACUGGCAGUCCUGAUCUUCCUGUUCUAGCACCAUGGGAAGCCCAACAAGGACCGUUGAUCCUUGGCGAUUGGCUGUUGCUGGCAGAGCCCAUCAUAGCCGACUUGUCCUUAACUGCAGGUGAAUGGUGGCGAAGCACUGUCAAAUCAGCUGAGGAGUGGUACAAGCUUCACAUGAGUUUGAGCCCUUUGGAAAGAAUCAAGCACCCCUGUCAAGCACCGCCUGAGAUCACCAUGGAAAAGUGGCAACGUGUUGAACGCCGAGCGAGAAAUCGCGCAAAAGAAAUCGGAGCUGUUCCUCCGGAUCCAGCCCUACAACUGAAGGGGCUCCUCAAAAUGUCAAAGAAGCAAUUGGAAAGCAAGCGAGAACUGCAGUUCAGAGUCUCCCUAGUCCGGUCUGGGCUUGGUGUGGACACUACACCAAAUGAUGUAAAUGUGGAGCAGUUUGCAUACCACCUUCUUGCUGAAUUUGAACAACUGGCUCUGACUGAGAAGAAGCCAGGAACAUCCUCGGCCGCUGCCAAGGGUGAACAGCCGAAGCUGAAGUCUUUGGAAGCAGAGAAGUCAAAAGCAAAGAAAGGCGAAGAAGAGACUGGAAGGCCACGAAGGCAGAAGGUUGAGGGGGAGGAGAAGUCACCAUCAAGUUCAAAAGCCAAGGAGGACGAAGGAAGCUCAGAACAGGCUUCUAUGAAAGACUUCUUGGAACAAACGAAUAAGAUGCUGAAAAGCCUGACAACAUCUGCGUCCGCCACUUCAUCCACAACAAGUUCUGCAAAUGAGCCAAGAGAUGAAGUUGUUGACCGACUUCAGCAACAACUGAACUCGCUGAAGUUGAAGGUGUUCAAAUUGAGCCAAGUUUCCUUUGGAAAAUCACAAGGCCUUGUAGACUCAGGGGCUACUCACGCACUCCGUCCACUACGUCCUGUGGAACCCUUUGCAGGAUACAAAACUGUGCCUGUGACCCUUGCGAAUGGCCAACAAGCUCAACUGCGAAUGACUCCAGGAGGCGUGAUGGUCCCUGAGAGGGCUGAUGCGGUUAGCAGACGAGCCAACUUCAUGGUCAACUUUGCCUGUGAACCGAAGAACCAGGAAGCGAAUGCAGGAGAGGACUCUGGUUUUACUCUUGCCCGUGCAUGGCAUCAACAAGGAGGUGAAGCCUCCGCUCUGUUGGAGAUUGACAUCAAAAGAGGUUCACAUCAUGACCUUUCAACUGAAGUUGGACCCUAUGCAGCGUUGAUCAGAGCUGCACUGGAGAACAAGAUCCACGCCAUCGUCGGUGGCCCAAAUUGCCGAAGCAGAAGUGUCUUGCGUCACUACAAGGUGCCUGGUCAGCCAAACUGUCCACGCCCAAUCAGGUCAUGGGGAGGAGGAGAAUAUGGAAUCAAUGGACUCUCAGAUACUGAAAAAACUAUGAUUGAAGAAGAUGACAUCCUCCUUUGGCGCAUGAUCUUCCUGGCCAUGGUCUCCAACUACAUCAAUGAGGCACGAAAAGAUCCAAGACCUGUUGGCUUCACCUUGGAACAGCCAGCAUCGCCCAAGGACUACAAGCCAGAAGUUGUGUCCUUUUGGGAUACCAAAGAAUGGUCCUCCUUGAAAAAGGAGUUUGGUUGGGAUGAAACUACGUUUGCACAGGGUCAAUAUGGUGGCUCCGCUACCAAACCAACAACCUUUGGCGGAAACUUGAAGCUGGAGGUCAACAACCACAAAAGAAUGAAGAAAGCAAGUGAAGGAGUGGAGAUAAAAUCUUCAAAAGGCCUUUCAAGAUGGGCCCCUGGCGUCAUGGCGAUGGUUGCUGAAGCUUUGACAACACAAGUGAUGCAGCGCAACCCAAUGCUGCGUCCUCUGAGCUGGGAUGAACACAUUGCCCAUGGGCAUACUCCAUAUCGUCGAGAUUGUGCAGUAUGUCAACAAACUAUGCAGCAGUGCCAUCCUCACAGAAAAGUUCCAUAUCCAGUUGGAGGAGUUCUUUCCUUGGACGUUGCUGGACCGUUAGUCCCAGCAAAAGAUAUUGGAGGUCUCUACGCAAGAUGGAUGUUGGUUGGCACUCUGACAUGGGCAGUCCCCGCUGAAUCAGACAAGAUGAAAGAUCCUGAAGUAUACCCUGAAGAUGAAGAAGGAAAAGAUGAAGUUCAAGCGAAAGAAGGUCAAGAGGAGGCAGCAGGUGAGAAGGAAGAUGAAGAAGAUCCAGUUGAUGUUUGGGGUGAAGAGGAUGAGGUUAAAGAAGGAGGGGAAGAGAAGAAAGAAGAAGUCUCGGUCCCAGGGGGAGCUCCGCCUGAGCCACCCUAUCUCUUGCCCCCACCUGAAAAGAAAGAAGGAGAAGAAGAUCCCAAACCUGGAGGCUUCGACAUCAAGAUCUUCCGCUUAGGCUUAGCUGCAGCUAUGAUCACCAAAACUGCGAGAGAAGUCACCAAAACAGCCAUGGACUUCAUCCUCAAGCUCAGGAUGGAUGGCUUCCACAUUGGAAGAAUACGUUCAGAUCGAGGUCAUGAAUUCUCCGGGGUCUUCCGGAAAUGGGCCAACUCACGUGGCAUAGUGCUGACAUGCACACCUGGAGAUGAUCCUCGCGCGAAUGGCCGUGUGGAAGACGUCCUUGUCAGACGUCGCACAUGGCGACAGGGUGUCUUUGAGCCCACCGUGGAAACCGUCAAGUACCUGUUUCCAGCUCCAGAAGAGCAUGGACAUUGGGUUCAGCCUGAAGAUGAACCGCCAAGAGUCACCAAAUAUGUCCUUCGAAAAGCAAAAGAACCAAUCACUGACCAGAAAUGGGUCGCAAUUGAGAAGGAGGUCGCUGAUGCUUUGACCACCACAAGAAGGUUGCGAGAGAAAACAUCAGUGAGAAAGAUAGAAGUUGAGGAGAAAGAUUCAAAGAAUGAGGAGGAAGCAGAAAGAGAGAAGUCUCAUCAGCUGAAGCAGAGGCUGGGAAAAAUGAUAGAAGAAGAGAUGAAGUACAUGGUCGAAGACGACCCUGACAUAGCAGUAGAAGAACUCAAAUGGGUAGCGAAGAUGAAGAGAAUGAUGGAAGAACCAAGUGAGGAGGACAAAAUUCUCCAAACGAAAGUGAUCUCGACAAGAGAGGUUGCCAGAAGUUGGAAAAGUUGGCUGGAAGCCAUCGAUGCAGAAGUUCAAAGUCUUUUAGAAGAAAAGGAAGCUUUGAAAAAGAUCACAAGAAAGGAACUGGAGGAGAUUCAAAAGAAAGCUGCUCAAGAAGGCCGCACUGCGGAGAUCAUUCCGUCCAAGUUGGUCUUCACAAUCAAAUCUGGUCCCAAUGGCGGCAAGCGCAAAACUCGUUGGGUGAUUUGUGGAAACUACGAGUCCAAAAAGGAUUCCGAAAAAACCUUCUCCAGCGGCGCUGAUGCCGCCGCCUUUCGCCUGUCCAUCUGGGCAGCAUCCCGCCAUCAAUGGGCUGGUGCAGUCAUUGACAUAAAGACUUCUCUUCUCAACGCUUUGAUGGAUCAGGGUGAUCAAGAAGCUAUCCUGAUCGUGAGGCCACCUGCACUUUUCACAGAGAAGGGCUACAUGGCGCCGCAGUCGUUGCCGACGCUCUGCAUAUCAAAACGGUUCAACUCCUGCUCUUGGUGCCACCCUGUUUCUGAAAGUGUAUGA